GCUGCUGAGAUGGAGCUGGGGCUGGCAGCGCUGAGAGGGGAGGGACUGGGCCCAGUAUGGCCCCGUGGGAGGGACUGGGAGGGGAAACUGGUCCCAGUACAGCCCCCGGGCCCAGGAAAGAUGGCGGCGCCCAUGAGGAACGUGGCGGCUCCUAUUGGUAGCAGGGGCCUCAGGCUCCGCCCCCGGCACGGGAUUGGCUGCUGGGAGCCGGAAAGAGCCGAGUGCGGGAAAGAGGUCCAGGGAGACGCGAAGUGGUGCCGGAAACAGCCGAAGUACUCCGGAAAGAGCCGAGCGACAAGGAUCGGUGUUUUCCGGAGCGCUUCGCUCCGCCUUUUUCCGGAAGAACCCGAAGUCCUCCGGAAAGCAACGAAGCGGGGCCGGAGCGCCGGAACGAGUCGAUCUUUUUCCGGAAGAAGCCGAAGCGGCCUCGGGCCCGCCGAGUUUUUCAGAAAGUCCCGAGGGGUCCCGAACCGCCCCUUCCGGAGGCCCCCGAGCCCCCAGCCCUCCUCCCUCCCUUCCGGAGAUCCCCGAAGCCAUUCCGGAGUUUCCCGAAAGCGCUUCCAAAGCGGCGCCCGCCAACCCCGAGCCCGUUCCGCAGUCCCUUCCGAAGCAGUUCCGCAAGUUGCCGACAGAUUCCGAAGUGCUCCGGAGGUUCUCGAAGCGAUUCCAGAGAACCACGAAGCCGCCCCGGAGAUUGCCCUGCGCUUCUGAAGCGGUUCCGGAGAAUCCCGAACCGCCUUUCCGGAGAUCUCCGGAAGGUUCCGAGCGGCUCGGAACAUCCCUGAACCCGUUCCGCAAAGCCCCGAAACGGUUCCGAAGCGGUUCCGGAAGUUGCCAAGUGACUCCGGAGGUUCCCGAAGCGGUUCCGGAGACUCCCGAAGUGAUUCCGAAGCAAUUCCCGAACUCUCUCCGGAACUUCACGAAGCGUUCCCGGAAGUUGCCGAGGGGUGGUGAAGCGGUUCCGGAGAGUCCCGAGCGGCUCCGGAAGUUGCCGAGCGGCUCCGGAAGUUGCCGAGCCGGCCGGCCCUCAGCACUCGCCGCCGGCCCCCGUCGCCCCCGGACCCCCCAGCGGAGGCGCCCCCGGCCCGGCCCCGCUGCCUCGGCCCCGGGGGGGGCCCGGACCCGCCCCGGCCCCGCCGCCCCGGCCCGGCAGGAUGAUCAAGCUGUUCUCGCUGAAGCAGCAGAAGAAGGAGGAGGAAUCGGCGGGCGGCACCAAGAGCUCCAGCAAAAAGGCCUCGGCCGCGCAGCUCCGCAUCCAGAAAGACAUCAACGAGCUGAACCUGCCCAAGACGUGCGAGAUCGACUUCUCGGACCAGGACGACCUGCUGCACUUCCGGCUGCUCAUCUGCCCCGACGAGGGUUUCUACAAGGGCGGCAAAUUCGUCUUCAGCUUUAAGGUGGGGCAGGGCUACCCGCACGACCCGCCCAAGGUGAAGUGUGAGACGAUGGUUUAUCACCCCAACAUCGACCUGGAGGGCAACGUGUGCCUCAACAUCCUCAGGGAGGACUGGAAGCCGGUGCUGACCAUCAACUCCAUCAUCUACGGCCUGCAGUACCUGUUCCUGGAGCCGAACCCCGAGGACCCCCUGAACAAGGAGGCGGCCGAGGUUCUGCAGAGCAACCGGCGCCUGUUUGAGCAGAACGUGCAGCGCUCGCUGCGGGGCGGAUACGUGGGGGCCACCUACUUCGAGCGCUGCCUCAAGUGACCCCCAAAAUCCCAGAAACCACAGAAAUCCCCCCCCAAAAUCCCCAGAACAACGGAAAUCCCCCGAAAAAAAUCCCAAAAAUAACAAAAAUCCCCCGAAAAAAUCCCCAAAACGACAGAAAUCCCCGAAAAAAAUCCCAAAAAUAAUAAAAAUCCCCCCCCGCCAAAAAAUCCCAAAAAUAACAAAAAACCCCAAAAAAUCCUAAAAACAACAAAAGUCCCCCGGAAAAAAAUCCAAAAAUAACAAAAAUCCCUGAAAAAAUCCCCCCCAAAAAAACCCCAAAAAUAACAAGAAUCCCCGAAAAAAUCCCAAAAAUAACAAAAAAAACCCCCAACAAAAAUCUCAAAACCAACAAAAAACUCCAAAAAAAUCCUAAAAACAACAAAAAUCCCCCGAAAAAAUUCCAGAAACAAAAAUCCCCCAAAAAAUCCCCAAAACAACAAAAAUCCCUGAAAAAAAUCCCAAAAAACAACAAAAAAAAUCCCCGGAAAAAAUCCCAAAAACAAAACAAAACAAAAAAGCCCUGAUAAAAUUCCAAAAACAACAAAAGCCCCCGAAAAAAUCCCAAACUUCACCCCAAAAAUAAAAAAAACCCUAAACCCCACAGAUCUCCUGUUGUCUGUGGGGUUUGUGGGGUUUGCUGAGCCCUGGAGUGACCCCAAAAACAAAAAAAAACCCCAAAAAUCCCCCAAAAAAUCCCAAACUUCACCCCAAAAAUAGAAAAAACCCCAAACCCCACAGAUCUCCCGUUGGUUGUGGGGUUUGUGGGAUUUGGGGAUUUAUGGGGUUUGGGGGGUUUGCUGAGCCCUGAGCGCUGCCUCAAGUGACCCCAAAAACCCCCCAAAAAUCCCAAACUCCACCGCAAAAAAUAAAAAUAACCCCAAACCCUAUAACUCUCCCAUUGGUUGAGUGUGGGGCUUGUGGGGUUUUGCCAAGCCCUGGAGUGACCCCCCCCC